UUUCUGGCCAAUUACAGCUGCGUCACGUGAUACCGCACCGUGACGUCACUUUCCUGCGACUACUUCUGACAGAUAGCUCCAUGUGAACAUCUUUCUCCUAAGUUCUCUUUAAUCACAGGUUCGGUGUGAGAUGGUGACCUCAGCUGCUGACUUGUGAGAAACCUUCUAUCUCCUUUCCUCCCCCUGGCUGCUGUCUUGUCUCUCAGACCCAAUGGCCAGCCGCCUUUUGGGCAGACAUGCCCGUCUGCUCUGCAGGGCCUCCUGCAGGACGCCAGCUGCAGCUGCCCGCCUGCCUCCGCUUGUUGCUGGCCCUGCAGAGAUGAAGAGGGCUCAGGGCUGGCCACGGGUUACAGAAAGGUUCAUGUGCAAUGGAAGGACAAUUCCCCAAGAAGACCACUUUGAAACUAUGCCUCCACGGACCCAGCUGGAUGACGAACUGGAAAAGGCAGUAGUGCCAGAAGACAUCCUGGUUGCUUGGGCAGAGCAUGGACAGAAUGGCAAUCAAGCUGCUAAUGCCCUGAUGAGGUGGACUCUGUUGGUGCUGAAGACGAAGGGCAAGUUUAAGGAGCAAAAACCAGAACUGAUGAGCGAUUCAAGGCUACUUGUCAUUUUUGAUACAGUAUCACAGCAGCUGACUGCAGUGUGGAAUGGCAAUCUAGUGUCUGUCUUGCGAGCUUUCUGGAUUAUGGGUGUGCCCUCCACUGAUCCACUACUCAAUUCUAUCCAGACCGAAGUCUUGUGGCGAGUCCGCAGGCUAACCUACAAGCAGUUGGGCUACCUGGCAAAUUGGGGAGCAGGCAGGAAAGGACAGCAGGAUGUGGCAAUAGUGAAUGCUGUAUUAAAACAGCUGGAACUGCGUUGGACUGAAAUUGCUGAUGCUAAAACUGUCAGUACACUGAUAGCCAAUGGACGAAGCAUGUCACCUACCUUGCUAGACAGACUCGAAGACAAGGCUUUGGAGCUCGCAGAGGGCUUUUCAGCCGAGGACAUCCGCAGAGUCUGUGUGUCUUUGGCAGCUCAGAGCCGCAGAUCUGUCCCGCUGCUCAGAGCUCUGUCCUACCACCUUCUCCAGAAGUCCUCGUCAGAGUUCACCACUCCACUCAUACUGGACAUGGCUUUUGCAUACGGGAAGUUGAAUUUCCAACAUUCUCAGGUAUUUCAGCGAAUGGCCUCAGAGUUGUUACCCAGAGUCCCUGAGCUCAGCCCUGUCGAUGUCACACGCUUUGCUAAAUCCCUGGGCUUCCUCAAAUGGCUCCACGUCCCUCUCUUUGAGGCCUUUGCUGAGCACUUCACUGCAAACAGUGAGAAGUACAGUACCCUUCAGCAUUGUAAUCUGCUCAUGACUUUUGCCAGACUGAACUUCCAGCCCAGCAAAGGAGAAGAGUUCUUUAGCAAGGUUCACUCUAUGCUGGAGGGCUCUCUCUCUGGCCUGGAGCCCUUCUUGCAGACAGAUGUGGUUUGGGCAUUAUGUGUGCUACAGCAGGCCAAGCCUGACUACCUCAUCCCCCUCACACAACAGAAUCACAUUACCAAACUGUCAGAGGGCAGGCCAGCUCGAGUGGAGAAUUAUCAGCUGAAGCUCCUCCACAUUGCUGCUACUCUCCACUUAGAGCACCCAGGUUCUUCAGAUACUCCAUCCUCCCUGAAGGCCCUGUCUGUACCGGUCAAGCACCCCCCCCUCUCCCCCCUGCGGAGAAGCCUUAGAGAGAAUUUACAGAGUUUGGUGGGUGGGAGGACAGAGGCCCUUCGCACUGGCAUUGACACCGUUUAUGGAUGGACUAUUGAUGGUGAGCUGGUGGUGGAUUGUGACAACAAACCUGUUGAUUUGUUGAUGCUGAAAGCCCCUCACCUUCCCAGUGGAGGAGGAGACCAGCCUCUACCUGCUGGGGUACAUCGGCUUGCUUUCCUGGCUUGGGAAUUUCCAAACUUUGGCUCAAAGAGUAAAGACCUCCUGGGACGCUUUGUCAUGAUGAAGCGACAUCUCCAGUUGGCCGGCUUCAUCACAGUGGAGGUGCAGUAUUAUGAGUGGCUGGAGCUGAAGACAGAUUGGCAGAAGUUGGCGUACCUGAAGGAUAAAAUAGGGAAGGCCGUGGCCGAGGACAUGGCCAAGUGAACCAAUCAGUCUUGCAGACUUUUAAAUCAAAGCUCCUAAUCCAAUGGGACCACGGGGACUACACAUGCAAACCCACAUUCACAAUCAAAACAAGCAGCAUUGCAGAAAAGCUCUCUCGUACUUUGUCAGGCAAAAAAAACCAAACUUAUUUUCACUCUGGUUCCCUUGGCAACAUGUGGGGCUUUCCCUGUUUCCAUGGUGAUGGUGAGCAAGACUUUUAGAGCCAAAGAGAGACAGAAAUAAACAUAAAAGAGAGUCCCUCUGUAGAAAUAAUGUAAUCCACGACUAAGUCUUUGUUUCUGCAAUUAACCUGUGAAAACAAGCAACCAGGCCAUUUGUAUAAUUUUGGCCAAAACGUUGGGUUUAAUAUCAUCAUGUGAAUAGAUUGGAAUAAUUUAAUCUCUGUGAAUGUGUGUCAACUUGUUAUGGAAUAAAUUGUUUUA